UUGCUUCACGUGUAAUACAAUAUAAUCUGCAGAAACAAUGAAAACAGAUGUACUUACAUCUUUAUCCGUUAAGUUAUGCACCACCUGAACAAAAUUUUUGAUUUUCGGAAUUUUCCGUGGAUUUUUUAAUACUUCUUCUUCAUCACUGCUAGAUGAUGAUGAAGAAAGCAAAUCUAGUAAUGCAAUUGCUAAUCGUGCGUCCCGCGCAGCCAUGUUGCACUGAACUGGCACCGUCUCUGGGAGCUCGUGCCGAAAUCUUGCACGAAAGGGCAAAAAUUCGGCACUAGCCUUCCCAGUGAAACAGCGCGCACCGGUUUCAUGCGCACCGAAACGUUCAGUGAAACACGUUGCCCGUAGCGAGUGCGCACUCAGUGCGCACCAAUUCUCCCAGUGAAAAACGCUAUUAGUAGUAUGUACACAGUGAAAUUCCGUUCGACAAAGGAAAAAUCUAGAAAUACGGUGCCACGUAUUUAUAAUAUCUAAUGCCACGUGGUCACAUGUUCUGCAGCGUAGGCUAAUUAGUAGUACAUUAAUAGUAAUUAAGUACUGUAAUGUAAUCAAUUAGCAUUAUGAAUGUCGUAUUGGUAAGUACUACAUUGUAUGAAAUAGUCCAAUAAGCAAAAUGUUAGCAGCAUGCGCACAUAUUUUUAUCAUCUUUUUUAGAAAAAGAAAAAAGCGACAUAUUUUACAUAAUUUUAUUGAACAAUGACUUGAUUAUAGUACCGAAACAAUGGUUAACUGAUGACAAGGAGUAUACAUUUUGGCCAUCCGUUGUAAAUACAGUACAAAGUAUCAAUUUAAUUAAAAGAUUUUGAAAGCAAAAUUAAUUCAAAUCAAUUUGCAUUAUAAGUGUCAUAAAAAUGUAACAGGAUAACGUUUUGUCAAUUGAGUAUAUAUUGCCGGAUAACUUGUAUGAUGUCGAAACGUUUUAAAAAACACAUUUCGGAAUUGAGUAAUCGUCAGUUCCGCCGUCGCAUAACAAGUGAAACGGAAAAAGUGAUGAGAUGUAUUUUCGAGAACAUAAAAGAUAAUGAUGAUUAUGAUGAUAGAGAUGAAGAAACAAGAAAAGAAUUGCUCGAUUUGUACGAAGAACAAUGUACUGUUACGACUGAAUCAUUACAUAGACCAGGCUCUUCUAAACAAGAUCCAUUUGAUAGAUUUUUACAGUAUCAGAAUCAAUGUGAAAAUAAAUUCGAAGAAAUAGUAGAUAUAUUUGAUGAAGAAAAUUGUCAUAUUGAUAUAAAUUGUCUAGAUUCGGAUGAUAAUCCAAUUGAUUCAGAUAUUGAAUGCUUUAAUAAUACAGAUGAUACAACAGUAGUGACACCAUAUCUUCCUGAAUACGAAAAUGUGAUGAGUGAAACGGAGUGUUCUACAAAAGAGCAUAAAAAUAAAGAGAUCGAGAAUACAAAAGAAUUUUUAAGAAAUUGGAAACUUAGGAAUAAUAUUUGUCAUACAGCUGUGACUGAGUUGUUACAUCAUUUCAAAUUGCACUCUUGUUUUCAAACUUUACCAAUACAAUCAAAGACAUUGAUGAAUACUCCUCGCAAUAAAGUAAAUAUCAUAUCCAUGGUACCAGGUAGAUAUAUACACAUAGGUUUACAAAAAGGAAUUACAGAAACAAUUUUAAAUACAAACAAAGAAUUAUUUCUCAGUGGAAUAGAAAUAUCAAUUUUCAUAGAUGGUAUUCCGUUAUUCAAAUCAAGUGCAUCAUUGUGGCCUAUUGUAGGUUCUGUAAAAAAUACUAGUGAUAUUUUUCUUAUUGGAGCUUAUUACGGUUCUGAAAAGCCAUAUGAUAGUAAUCUUUAUUUAAGUGCUACUAUAAAUGAUAUUAAAGAUGUAUGUCAAAAUGGUAUAACAAUUGAAGGAUUACAUUAUAACUGUCGAAUUGUUUCUGUUAUAGCUGAUGCACCAGCAAAAUCAUAUAUUUUAAAUGUCAAAGGUCACUGCGGAUAUUAUAGUUGUACUAAAUGCCAUGUAAAAGGCAAAUAUGCUCAUAGGCGCGUUUAUAUGUUAAAUAAUCAUGAACAAUUGCGAAAUGAUUUUGAAUUUAAAAAUAAAACCGAUCCUAAUUAUCAUUUAGGGCAUAGUAUUUUGACAGACAUUCCGGAUUUUGAUAUUGUUAAUCAAAUUCUUUUGGAAUACAUGCACUUAAUAUGCCUCGGUGUUAUGCGUAAACUCUUAUAUUUAUGGUUAAGUAAAUCAAAACAACCAUAUUCUUUAAAUGCUCAAAGUAUACAACGUUUAUCCGUUUUGUUUGAAAACAUUGCAUCGUUUGUUCCUAACGAAUUUUCACGUAAACCUCGAUCGUUACAAUUAGUUAAAUAUUUUAAAGCAACCGAAUACAGAUUAUUGCUUUUAUAUACCGGUCCUGUUGUUUUAAAAAACAUUUUAGAUUAAAAUUUGUUUAACCAUUUCUUGGUUUUACACGUAUCUGUACGAAUUCUGUGUAGUAAUGAUUAUAGUCAGUACAUCGAAUAUGCAGGUCAACUGUUAGAAAAAUUUGUGGAUGCAAUGCCACAUUUGUAUCAUGAAUCUUUUGUAUCGCAUAAUGUGCAUGGAUUGAUACACGUUAUACAAGAUGUAAAAACAUUUGGACCAUUAGACAAUUACAGUGCAUUUAAAUAUGAAAAUUUUUUACAGCAUCUAAAACGAGUAGUCAAAAAGUAUGCGCAACCUUUAGAACAAUUGUAUAAUCGGUACCAUGAAAUUAAAUCUAACGUGAAAAGGACUGAUUAUCGUACAACUAAACUUGUAGUCAGCGAAUCGCAAAAUACUUAUUGUAUUUUGCCCAAUGGAAAAAGAGCACCUUUAUAUACAGAAGCUAUUUCAAUUAAUUAUCGUUUUCGAGUAAAUACUAUCAAUGAUAAUUGUUGUAUAUUGACAAAUGGAGACAUUGUACAAAUAACAAAAUUUUCUUACGACUUUGAGAAGGAAGAAUGAAUCAUUUGUGGGAAAAGAUACGAGCGAAAA